AUGGAUGUAUGGUCUGUCAGUUCUAGAGGACUUCAGAAAAUGAAGGUUGGGUUCAAGUCAUUCAAACAAGUAGUGGAACAUGUAAUAGCAAUCCUCAGUGAGGAGGAAGUUGAGCUGUUUGCCUGUACAGCUUAUCAUGUGUGGAGGAGAAGAAAUGUUUUUUUGUUUGAAGGAAAGUUUGAGAAACCAUCUCGGAUAGCUCAAGCAGCUCUUCAAUUGACUAAGGACUUUAAAGAAGCCAAUUACAGUGAGCAAGUUAGUUUGGUUCCUGGAAGGCCUACUGGUACAGAUUCCUGGAGUCCUCCUCCAUUGAAUGUCUAUAAAGCAAAUUGGGAUGCCUCAGUAGACCGAGUACAUAGCAGAAUGGGGGUGGGGGUAGUGAUCAGAAACUGGGAAGGAAGGGUAACAGCAACUCUAAGAUCAUCAAGGAGUAUAUUUCCUGAUGCCAAACUUGCAAAAGCAAUGGCUGCACUAAGAGCAGUCCUCUUAUGUAAACAGUUAGGCAUUUCAAGAGUACUAUUAGAAGGGGAUGCUCUCAAUGUGGUUAACGACAUCAACUUAGAGACAAAGGACUGGAGCUCAGCAGGGAUGAUUAUCCAAGACAUCAAGGCUGAACUUCAGAACUUGGAGUAUGGAUCGGCUCAGUUUAUAUCUAGACUAACUGUAUUGCUCAUUGUUUAG